CAAAAUAAAACCUCCUCCAGUACACUAGCUGGCGCCUCGCGCUUCACAUGAGACUGUAUAAAGCGCAGCGAACUAUUACAGGAAGUACAGCUGAAGACGCUCUUUCCGGCUCCGGUCUCUCAGCAAGAGUAAAGAUGUUGAUGCCCAAGAAGAAUCGCGUUGCUAUCUAUGAGCUCCUCUUUAAAGAGGGCGUCAUGGUGGCCAAAAAAGACGUGCAUCUCGCGAAACAUCCAGAGCUCGCUGACAAAAACGUACCUAAUCUUCACGUGAUGAAGGCCAUGCAGUCUCUGAAGUCAUGCGGGUACGUCAAAGAGCAGUUUGCCUGGCGCCAUUUCUACUGGUAUCUGACCAAUGAGGGCAUCCAGUACCUGCGGGACUUCCUCCACCUGCCCCCAGAGAUCGUGCCCGCCACCCUCCGCCGCCAGACACGCCCAGAGACCGCCAGACCCCGCCCCAAGGGUCUUGAGGGAGAGAGACCGGCUCGUCUGGCCCGUGGCGAGGGAGACAGAGAUGCUUACAGACGUUCUGCAGCUCAGCCUGGUGCAGACAAGAAGGCCGAGGCUGGUGCAGGUGCUGCUACAGAAUUCCAGUUUAGAGGUGGUUUUGGCCGUGGCCGAGGACAACAGCCACAGUAAUUUUCCACAUGAUCUGUACAAUAAAGGUUCAAAAGUG